CAUGGGUGUCUUAAGAAUUCAAAUACGUAAUUACUAUACGAAUGACUAUUAAAUAAAACGAUUUGGUUGUCUUACUAACUAGAAUGUUUGUUUUCGGUAUUAAAACACUUCGGAUGACGUUUUUGUAUUCAUGUAUAUUUAUCUACUACAAGUGUUAGAUAACUAACAAUAAACGCAAUGGAAAUCAACAGACUAAGUAAACCAAAACUAAAGAAGCUUGGUAACUUUUGGUUUCUUGACACCGAGGGCAAACUGAAGCGCCUGAAUUGCCUAAACAAUGCUCAAAAUGUGUACAUGGAGGAGAACGUUAUUUUCGCGGAUGAUUCUGUUUUCCAAGUUGACAUAAGUAGUAAUAAAACGGUAAAGAUCACGAAGGUAGAAGAGGUGUUUGACUGUACAAAUGAUGAUGAUAAUCAUUUUACACAAACAAUGAAAAAUGAUGCUGAAAAUUCUGAAGUAUGUGUAACCACUGGAACUAUUCACAUUGAAAGUGCAGCGCAUAAAGGAACUGUUGAAUGCCUAGAUGACAAUGUUGUAAACGACUUGACAAUUUCUGAUGUGUUCGUCGAGAGAAGUCAGAAUGCUUGUAAAAAUACAGAAGGAUCUGUUGAUUGCCAAAAUGACAAUGUUAAAAUGACUGUGAGCCCAUUGAGUACGCCCGAGAUGCUCUUAUAUUUACACCUAAAGAAGGUAACGUCAGUAUUGAUAGACAAUCCCGAUAGGGGCGAAAUACUUGAAAUUGACAAAGAAGAGUAUGUACCUGAUGAAGUUGGCUCGUCGGCGGCAGCAACAAGGGACGGAACAUGGCAGAAUAAAAGAGAGAGGUAG